ACUGACAUAGCUGCUGGGGAAGAGGUCGCCAUCAAAUUAGAAUGUGUGAAAACCAAACAUCCUCAACUCCAUAUUGAGAGCAAAAUUUACAAAAUGAUGCAAGGUGGAGUGGGCAUUCCUACAAUCAAAUGGUGUGGUGCUGAAGGUGACUACAAUGUCAUGGUGAUGGAGUUACUGGGACCAAGCCUUGAAGAUCUUUUUAACUUCUGUUCAAGGAAAUUCAGCCUGAAGACAGUCCUUUUACUUGCUGACCAAAUGAUAAGCCGAAUAGAAUAUAUUCAUUCGAAGAACUUCAUUCACCGAGAUGUAAAACCUGAUAACUUCCUGAUGGGAUUAGGCAAGAAGGGCAAUCUUGUCUACAUCAUAGAUUUUGGGUUGGCCAAGAAAUACCGGGAUGCUCGAACCCACCAGCACAUUCCAUAUCGUGAAAAUAAAAACUUGACAGGAACUGCCCGCUAUGCCUCAAUUAACACUCAUCUUGGAAUUGAACAAUCUCGCAGAGAUGACUUGGAGUCCUUGGGCUAUGUACUCAUGUAUUUUAACCUGGGCUCCCUCCCCUGGCAGGGAUUGAAGGCAGCUACAAAGAGACAGAAAUAUGAACGCAUCAGUGAAAAGAAAAUGUCUACUCCCAUUGAGGUUUUGUGUAAAGGAUAUCCUUCUGAGUUUGCUACUUACCUGAAUUUCUGCCGCUCGUUGCGUUUUGAUGACAAGCCAGAUUAUUCAUAUCUAAGGCAAUUAUUCAGAAACCUCUUCCACAGACAAGGCUUCUCCUAUGACUAUGUGUUUGACUGGAACAUGCUUAAAUUUGGUGCAAGCCGUGCAGUUGAAGAUGCAGAACGUGAACGGAGAGAAAGAGAGGAAAGAAUGAGACACACACGAAAUCCAGCUGUUCGUGGAUUACCUUCCACUGCCUCUGGCAGGCUGAGAGGGACACAAGAUGUAGCCCCACCAACUCCUCUAACCCCCACUUCGCAUACAGGUGGUUGCUUAGCAAACACAUCUCCUCGACCAGUGUCUGGAAUGGAGCGGGAACGGAAAGUGAGUAUGCGAUUGCAUCGUGGAGCCCCUGUCAAUAUCUCCUCGUCCGAUCUAACAGGCCGACAAGAUACCUCGCGCAUGUCAACCUCACAGAAUAGCAUUCCCUUCGAACAUCAUGGCAAGUAGCUGCUCGUCUCCUUCUCGUUGGAAAGCAGCAGUGGAUUCCUGCUCUGGCGACGACCAGCGUUCUCCAGUCUGCUGUGCAUCGGUGAAAUAAUGUUGCCAGUGAGGAGCAGAUAAUGCAUGGCUGAUCUCCUAUGUUACCAAAAUGGCUUUUACUAGCAAAACUACCCCAAACUAGAGCAGAAGAAAUAUUACAACUGGAUCUCUCCUUGCCACUUACUAAAGAUCCUUGCAGAAACAUGGACAGAAUCCAGCAGCUGCCACUACAAAGAGGCUUUGGCCAGAAACAUGAUAACCUUAUGUGAACUCGAGCAACUGAACUGGAAAAGGAAGAGACGGUUUACAGCAUUAACCGCCUGUUAUUUAAUAGCCAUUUCAGUUCUCCCUCCACAGGCGGCAGCCUUUACCCCCUUUUUAUUGUUCUACUGUAACUAUAAAUCUUUUACUUGGUUUCAGAAAGUUUUGUAUUCAUUUUGCUAAUAUUGUUGGCUUAACUCUCUCUGUAAAGAAUUCCAUCUCGCUUUUGUCUCAUUCGAAACCUAUGUAGAAAUGUGAACAAUCCUGAAGAUUAAAACAAAGUAUAAAAGACUUGAAAUUUCUUGUAAACUUAAGCCAGGCAGGGAAUGUGUAAAUCAGUUAGAACAGGCUGCUUUUAUUUUGUGCUGCUUACUUUUGUAUAGUCCCAUCCUGCCGAGGAGGCGGAGAAAAGGUGUUCUCCAGGACUGGGUUUUUAAAAAACAAAACAACUUUUUUUUAAUUUUGCUUCUAGCUGUCUUGUUCUUCCAGGUGGUUGUUUUUUAAAUCAAAUCUUCAUGCAGUCCAUGAAGGAGUGGGAAAUACUUUGAAGAGAAAUAGCUGUAUCCACCAGAGGUGAUAAGAAUAUUUCAUAAAUGCUAAAGAACAAAAGCCAGUGGCAUGUUCAAGAAGGUUUUAAUAUUGAAUGUACAACGUGUGUGAUCCUUCAUGCAUAGAGGUGUCUUUCAUAGGUGACAGGAUCCAUGAUGGCUCCUGCUCAAUUUCUGGUACAGAUGCCAAUAAAUUCUGCUGUCACUGUGAUGUGAGCAGUGUUGUAGUAUGUCUGCCUCUCUUGAAGACACAGGGAACAGUGCUUACAGACUGCUGCCCUAUGCCAUGGCUCGGCGUUACAAACAAAAUGUUCCUGCUGCAAGAUGCCAAGACUUCGAAGCAUUCAAGCUUGUUGAGUUCUUUAAUAUUAAAGUAUAAAAGUCUAGAACAGCUGCCUUUCAGCUGAAGAUAUAUUCCAAAACAUGUACCUUAGCAAAUGAGAAGGCCAGCUAUAAGUAUGGAAGACUUUGUUUUCACAAGCAAUAUAUUUGUUUCUUUCUAGUCUGGGGAAAGCAGAAGGCAUGUGAGUCAUACCAAAUACCACUCAAAAAUGACAUCAGCUCUAUUGGAGAAUGGAGGUACAACACAUAGCUGUCUUGUGUUACUGCUUUUUUUUUCUAAUCAGGAAAUGUGAGAUUCUUGCUCCUUGGAAACGUGGUGGCCAAUUCAACCCCAUGUUUUUGUUUGUUUGUUUGCAAGCAUUUUAUUGGUUGAAAGCUUUGCUAGUUCAUUUUUCUGUUUGUUUUAAUUUUUAUUAUUAUUUUGGAUUUUGAAGUAUGAGCAAUCUCGUCACUUUUCUUUAAUUACUUUAAAAUGUAAACCAAGUGGUCAAGGUCUGAUUUGGUCCAUCCUACAAUUGGGGGAGUGCAAUGGGAAUGUUUUUAAUGUUGGUCCCUGGAGAAGUUUGAAUAACUGUAUCACUUGGUUACUGUAGAUGUUGGUUCUUUGGACAUGUGCACUUCCAUUUGUACAGUUCUACACUUCAGUGUGCAUUCUUUGUAAAUACUUGUGGUCAAUGAUGUAAUGUUAGAGACUUAUAAAGGCAGCCUCUUCUCUCUAUAUAUCUGGAAACUUCAGUUGCUGUACUAUACUUAAAAAGUUGAUUGAUGCAAAUUCUCAACUUGUACUUGGUUGUGGGCAGUCCUUGCCCUACAUUAUAGAUAAAUCCCACCAUCACCUACUGAAAAUAUAGUUAGAAUGUCUCUAUAAACCUGUGUACUGGUAACAAAUAUCUCGGAACACCUCAUUUGUAUUAUCACUGUAUUUGUGUACUUUAAUAAUUGUGUAAAUAAAUUCAUAAGGACUUCUAA